GUGGAGUCUAAGGGCCCAGGAUGACAUUCUGGGAGGCGCAGAGUCUGGGUCCCUGGCAUUAAGAUGUGGGUGCACAGGAAUUCCAGGGGUGCAGAUUAGGCACUACCGGAGCCAGCCGAGCCGCCGGAGCCGCGGGCCUCCGGGCCGUCACGGGCCCAACCCCAGGAUGCUCCCCUUCGCCUCCUGCCUCCCCGGGUCUCUACUGCUCUGGACGCUGCUGCUGUUGCUCUUGGGGGCAGCGUCUCCCCAGGAUUCGGAGGAGCCCGACAGCUACACGGAAUGCACAGAUGGCUAUGAGUGGGACCCCGACAGCCAGCACUGCCGGGAUGUCAAUGAAUGCCUGACCAUCCCCGAGGCCUGCAAGGGGGAAAUGAAAUGUAUCAACCACUACGGGGGCUACUUGUGCCUGCCCCGCUCGGCGGCUGUCAUCAAUGACCUGCAUGGCGAGGGACCACCACCACCAGUGUCCCCUGCUGAACACGCCACCCCCUGCCUACCAGGCUAUGAACCGGAUGAGCAAGAGAACUGCGUGGACGUGGACGAGUGUGCCCAAGCCCUGCACGACUGCCGCCCGAGCCAGGACUGCCACAACCUGCCUGGCUCCUACCAAUGCACCUGCCCCGACGGCUACCGCAAGAUAGGACCCGAAUGUGUGGAUAUAGACGAAUGCCGGUACCGCUACUGCCAGCACCGCUGCGUGAACCUGCCGGGCUCCUUUCGCUGCCAGUGUGAACCAGGCUUCCAGCUGGGGCCCAACAACCGCUCCUGUGUGGAUGUGAACGAAUGUGACAUGGGGGCUCCGUGUGAGCAGCGAUGCUUCAACUCCUAUGGGACCUUCCUGUGUCGCUGCCACCAGGGCUAUGAGCUGCACCGGGAUGGCUUCUCCUGCAGUGAUAUCGAUGAGUGCAGUUACUCCAGUUACCUCUGCCAGUACCGCUGUGUCAACGAGCCAGGCCGCUUCUCCUGCCACUGCCCACAGGGCUACCAGCUGCUGGCCACACGCCUGUGCCAAGACAUUGAUGAAUGUGAGUCGGGUGCGCACCAGUGCUCGGAGGCCCAAACUUGUGUCAACUUCCAUGGGGGCUACCGCUGCGUGGACACCAACCGCUGCGUGGAGCCCUACGUCCAGGUGUCUGACAAUCGCUGCCUCUGUCCGGCCUCCAACCCCCUGUGCCGGGAGCAGCCCUCGUCCAUAGUGCACCGCUACAUGAGCAUCACCUCGGAGCGGAGCGUACCCGCUGACGUGUUCCAGAUCCAAGCGACCUCGGUCUACCCCGGCGCCUACAAUGCCUUUCAGAUCCGUGCUGGAAACUCACAGGGAGACUUCUACAUCAGGCAAAUCAACAACGUCAGCGCCAUGCUGGUCCUCGCCCGGCCUGUGACGGGCCCCCGGGAAUACGUGCUGGACCUCGAGAUGGUCACCAUGAACUCCCUCAUGAGCUACCGGGCCAGCUCCGUGCUGAGACUCACCGUCUUCGUGGGGGCCUACGCCUUCUGAGGAGCGGGGGGCAGCCCUCGGGGAGGGGGAGGUUCCCUGCCGCCGAGGAGCCUGGGGCUCAGGGAUGACUGUGUUCUGCUAAAAGGGAAGAUGCUGUUUCGAGGGGCAGAGACAGAGGCAAUAAAGGGACAAAGAAGGCGUCCUGGUGGCUGAGGUGGGCGGGUCACAUCGCAGUGAACCCCAGAGCGGGCAAAGGCCAGGCUCGUGGGAGGUGGGCCAGGCCCACCAAAAGAUGGGGGGGGUGUCUCCACCCAGGCCGGGUUGGGGGGGGGCACUGACAGAAGCUGCAUCCCCAAGGCCGGGACUGGCCUACAGACCAUGGGCCUCAGGAGCACCCUGCGAAGGGGGAAGUCAGGAGGCUGCUGAGUCCAGGCUUUAGCCCAGAGACUCGGGCUUGGCCGGUCUGCAGGGGGCCUGAAAAAUCCAGCUCUAGACAGUGCCAGGAGGCCCUGGUUUCAAUCCUAGCUUGGCCUCAAACUCUCAAUUUGGACAAACGCUAGUAGCUCCCUGGACCUCGGUUCCCUGGUCCCUGAGAUGAGGCAAUCGGACUGUGAGUGCUUUUCAGACGUUUCUGUUCCAAGCUACAGAACCUCUUAUCAAAGCAAGUUUUAUUGGAUCGGGGAACUCUGAUGAUAUAAACUAGAUUCAAAGUUG